CUUUACGCAAACGACUGCGUUCCCGUUUUUCGCCAAACGUGGCUUACUGCGCAUGUCCGCAGGAGCGCUCGAGGGAAAGGGAGGAGGAGGAGGGGGUGUAGAGGAAAGGGGGCUGCGCGCGCGCCUACGGGCAGCAGGCUGGCCAACCGGCGAGCCCGAGCGGGUUUGAGAACGCGCAUGCGCGCCCUACUUCCCGUGCUGGUGUUUCUUGUGACUGCUUGGGCCGACCGACCGACUACUUGGUUUCCCGGAGCGGCGGCUACGGAAGGGACGGCGCUGGCGGAAUUUGUGAAUAAAACAAGAUGACAGAGGAGACUGGAGAUGAAAAGAAACUGGUUUCCAAGUUUGAGCUGGAGAGAGAGACUGAACUCCGCUUUGAAGUUGAGGCCUCACAAACUGUCCAGCUGGAACUUAUGACAGGCAUGGCUGAAAUCUUUGGAACUGAGCUGACACGAAACAAGAAAUUCACCUUUGAUGCUGGUGCUAAAGUUGCUGUAUUUACUUGGCAUGGUUGUUCUGUGCAACUAACUGGUCGGACUGAAGUAGCCUAUGUCUCCAAAGAUACGCCCAUGCUUCUCUACCUCAACACACACACAGCUCUGGAGCAGAUGCGGUGGCAAGCUGAGCGUGAAGAUGAGCGGGGACCUCGGGUGAUGGUGGUGGGCCCCACAGAUGUAGGCAAGUCAACCGUCUGCCGCCUGCUAUUGAAUUAUGCUGUGCGUCUUGGACGCCGACCCACAUUUGUGGAACUGGAUGUAGGCCAGGGCUCAAUUUCAAUCCCAGGCACUAUGGGAGCACUCUAUAUUGAGCGUCCUGCAGAUGUUGAAGAAGGAUUCUCCGUUCAAGCUCCCCUAGUUUAUCAUUUUGGAUCCACCACACCAGGCACAAACAUCAAACUCUAUAACAAAAUCACAUCUCGCUUGGCUGAUGUGUUUAAUCAACGCUGUGAAGUGAACCGCAGAGCUUCAAUCAGUGGCUGUAUCAUCAAUACUUGCUGGGUGAAGGGAUCUGGAUAUCAGGCACUUGUACAUGCUGCUUCUGCUUUUGAAGUCGAUGUUGUUGUAGUGUUGGAUCAAGAACGCCUCUACAAUGAACUAAAACGAGACCUGCCUCACUUUGUUCGAACUGUGCUACUUCCCAAAUCAGGUGGAGUGGUAGAGCGCUCUAAAGAUUUUCGGCGGGAGUUUCGUGAUGACCGCAUACGUGAAUACUUCUAUGGCUUCCGAGGAUGCUUCUAUCCACAUGCUUUUGAUGUCAAGUUCUCUGAUGUUAAGAUAUAUAAAGUGGGAGCUCCCACUAUCCCUGACUCAUGUCUGCCUCUGGGCAUGUCACAGGAAGACAAUCAACUCAAGCUAGUCCCAGUUACACGCCGUGACAUGGUUCAUCAUCUAUUAAGUGUCAGCACUGCUGAUGGCACUGAUGAGAACAUCUCUGAGACCAGUGUGGCUGGUUUCAUUGUGGUAACUGGAGUAGAUCUGGAACGCCAAGUGUUCACAGUGCUUUCACCAGCACCACGCCCGUUGCCAAAGAAUUUCCUGCUCAUCAUGGACAUUCGUUUCAUGGAUCUCAAGUAGUGUCCAGACUGGAAAAGCUCCACCAAGUUCCCAGUAGCUCUUUUACAAAUAAAAUUACAAUUUUAAAUGGAAUAAUUGCCAUACAGAAUGGAGAUGACAAAAAAGAGGCAUAAGAACUAAGUACAGUAGAAGUUGAGUCAUUUGAAAGGGAAAAAUGUCAGUUAUAUUUUUUUAUCCAUCAUUAGAUAGAAUUCUCAAACAUGAAUCUGAGAAGAUUCAUAAAUUUUGGCUCAUGAACAACUAUAAUAGAUAAAAAAGUUGCGGACUAGCAAAUUAUUUGGUUUGCAUUUUUACUUGAUCCUCUUUUUCUGAAACUGGGAGUUUGCUUAAUAUGUUCAUCAUUAGGCAUCCAUCAUAAAUGUGUAAGCAUUGAAGUAGUGAUGUAUAUUUUGAAUGAUAUCUCUAUCAAUGACCUCCCCCAUAUUGAUGGAGAAUAUUUGAAGAACAGAUAUAUUUGCAUUCUGCAGGCCAAGUUAGAAAAUUUUACAGGAUUAGAAAGUUUGCACUGAGGUUUCAAUUCUUAAAACUACAAUUGUAGUUUAAGUUAUUCUCCAUCAUUUUGAGGAAACUGGAGCAGUUUGUGACUCCAGUUCUCUUCAUAUUACAGGUCAUUUUUAAAUCAAUCUAUUCUCUCUCAAUAAAUCACAAAAAUAUGAAUAGUAUAUUUGUGGCCCUGUCUAUGUAACACUAUGAUGUCUAGGUCCUGCAAGAACUGAAUUUACCAAAAGAGAUCUUACAAUCUUGCAAGUUAUUUUGCCUUUACACUAUAUUAGUGCAAAGAGAAAGUUUUGCAGUGAAAAACAUGAAAACACAGAUUUCACAGUGUUCAAGUAGCCAAGAUACUUCUAUUUGUUCCUUCUUUCUUAAUAGUAACAAAAAUCCUCUCAUCAUCAGAUGACACGCGAUUUCCUGCUGGUAAUUUUCAUUUACUGAACUUCAGCACCUUUAAAACAAUUCUUGGCAAAAUGCUUGUUCUUCCCAGAUCUCAUUAGAUAAAAGUCACUAUUCUCUGUUGGCUAAGAUAACUUUAUUUAGCUACCCAGGUGGGAGGGAAAUCCAACAAAUAAACAACUUGGGGAUGGUCACAGUCUUCUUUAUUAAAAUAUAAUCACCUCAGCAGUAUACUUCUCUAUGUAAGCAUAUUUCUCUUCCUUAGUUUCUAGGGAAUUUUAAAAAUUAUUACAGUGCAAAAAUUACAGUGCCAUCUUAAACUGAUUCAAGUUUCUUGAACAAAGUUUCUAAAAUAUAACCAUUAAAUUGGUCUAAUAUUAAUCCAGCUUGAUUUUAAGGUACAUCAAUACUUUCCUUUAAUGCAAAUGGUUCUAUGGAGGUGUAUGGAACUCUGUCCUAUAAAUAAGAUUGCUCUUAGUUUCCCUCAUCUUGAUGACACAAAAUACAAAGAUGGAGGCUAUUGUCCAGAACACCAUACUGUAUAGAUUCUGAUAACUCUUUUUGUUUUUCUGUAUCAUGCCUUUUCAGUCCUACAACUAACAUGAUUAUGUCAGAUAUUCAGGUGACAAAAUAAAUUCAGAGUCUUAAGUGGGCCGAGUUUAGGUGAAGCCUUUCUGGGAAUCCCUGGGGAAGCAAUGGCUGACUGAAGACUCCACUGCAGAGAGAGGAGCCAAUGUCCAUGAUCGAAAGAGGAGCCAGUGAAUGGAUCCACUCUCCAAUUUUUUUCUCUUUUCUCCUUUUUUCCCUUUGGCCUUUUUAAUUUUUUUAGUUGAUAUUUUUGUUAUUGUAAUUUUAAACUUCUAUGAAAAUUAUAAAGUUUGAGGUGAAUAAUAAAAUAAUAUGCACCAUUGGUUUCCCUCAGCCAGCAAGCUUUUGUGAUUCUGGAGACUAAAGUUACAUACUAAGAUGCUACCCCUAAAUUCAACUGUGAAUCAAAAUAUUUUAGCAUCCUAUAUUGCCUUCUAUUAGUUUGCUGAUGCUUUUCACUGCUGAAUGGCUAACUUGUAUACUGUAAUGCAAUCUAUGCUUCAAAUCUUCACACCUUGUUGAUGAAUUACCGUACCUCAUUUAGUCCUGGAAGUUUUGUCCCCAAUGUUAAGAAUGGCUGGUUCCAAGCAUUAAAAAACGGGGGGUGGGGGGGGAUUUCUAUAGUGUCACUCUAAUUAUAUUAUAUUCAUGCACAAAUUCAUGUUUUCUCUCUGUAGUCUCUCUCCUCAAGUGCCUAGAGUCUGAGUUGAACUUUCAGCCAAGUUCUUUGAGACUGACAAGUUGUGUGAGAUUGCUGAUCCAGCAUUGGUUAGAAUUUGGACAGGUGAUUUGCAGAUGUCACUUCCAUCUGUUUCAUUCUGUAGGGGUCUGUCAAAUUUUGGAGAAUAUCUAAGCAAUUUUCUCUGCAUUACUGCUUCCUCCUCCUCAGAAUAGCAUCUUCAAAUACAGUACAUUUGCUCUGCCUGAUCACUGUAGAAUCUUAAGAUGUAGAGCAAUAAGUCUACUGGUGCCAGCUAGUUUUCAAAUGAUAGUAUGUAUACAAGUAUGUUAUCAGUCAUCAUUUUAUUGUUAUUAAAUAGGAAAUUAUCCUGUCAUAGUGCCUGAAAUUACAGUUAUGGGCUUGGUGACUUUAUUUCCUAUGACUCAAUUUUCUACUAACAAAAGCUGUAAUGCAAGUGUUUGGUUUGGCUCUUGAAACAAGUUGUCUGUCCAGUAGCCCAGGCAUCUAUAUGUAAAAUAUUUUGUAUGGCAAAUUCCAACUGCAAGUUCCAAGAUUGAUACUAUGAUUAAUUUGAUUUAAAGCUUCAAAAGCCUUGUAACAUGCUAAAUUCCUCCUUUAGAAAACUGUCUUACAGCUCAAAUCUAUUUUCACUUAUCAGAUAAAAAAUGUUAAGAGGUUUUGCAAUAACAAAAUUACAAUAUUUUAACAUGGACACAAAUAAACUAAUAAAAUGGUUCAUACUAGAAA